CGUAGUAUGCGUUUCCGUUUAAAAAAGUAAUGCGAUUGCUGAUUGCAUAUGCGUUCGCUGCAUUUCUAAAGGAAGAAACAUACUCCUACGGAUGUGGUACUCCUUGAAUUAUUCACCUUAAUCAUUUCUUUUGACACAUUUCCGUAACUGCACUGGUAACGGAGUUAUAACGUGAAACAGUUGCGUGGAUCACCCUGUAUAGCGUACAAGAAUUCAAUUAGUCCAAUAUCAGUAAGACGUAACACAACAUAGCAUAGCAAAUUUAGAAAGCAAUCGAGCACGAUACAUAUAAUAUUAUCUUUGAGCAAAUAUAAAGGACAAUGACUAUUCCUUCGUAGUUCACAAGCAAUAGCCCAUCUUCGCAUAAGACCAGUUUCACGCACACGAACAUCCGACCUAUUCAGAUACGUAUUGCACGUAUAUACGGAUGAUCUACCGUUAUAAAGAAACCUUCUAUGUACUCUUAGACGCAGUUUUAUCACGUGUCAGCCAGUUACGCUUGCAAAGCAUGGCCGUGGGGAAAGGUAUAACCUUAGGACAGUUCUCCAGUGCUUCUCGUUAAUUGUGUUCGUACUUUCCGAUGCAUUCCCGAUGCAUUCCUGAUGCACUCCCGACUCUUGAAAGUUCGGAGCGGUUCGAAUGUGAAUAGAAGAACGAAACAAUUUUUAAAGAUUUGAUUUUCAUCGAUAUCGUUGGGGAAAAUUAAAAUAAUUAGGGAGAGGGAGGAAUCUAAAUUAAGAGGAUAUUCAGUAUAGAAGAGAGGAAUUUCAAUGGUUCGUUCUUUCAUAGUGGAUGUGUUUAGUAUCGCGAAGAGACGAAAAGGUUGCAAUUUUUAGUUGAAAUCGUUGCCUUGCAAAAUGGCAGGGCAAAAUGCAGUCAUCGUCAAGAAUGCGAAGAAAACAUAUGGUGGUGGAGUAUACAUCUUGAAUGGCGUGAAUCUUACUGUUCCCAAAGGCUGUAUAUAUAGCUUACUGGGAGCUAGUGGAUGCGGAAAGACCACUUUACUUUCUUGCGUGGUUGGCGUCCGAAAAUUGGAUUAUGGGGAUAUUUGGGUACUCGGUGGCCAGCCGGGAACCGAAGAUUCUGGAAUACCAGGGCCUCGUAUCGGUUACAUGCCGCAAGAUGUUUCGCUGGUCGACGAAUUUUCUGUGAUUGACGCGCUUGUCUUUUUUGGAACAAUCAGUGGCAUGGAAAAAUUUGAAAUUGAAAGAUACGUAGAAUUAAAGGAUUUACUCCAACUGCCACCCAGGGACCGUUUGGUGAAGAACAUGAGCGGUGGCCAGCAAAGAAGAGUAUCCUUCGCAGCAGCUCUGCUUCAGAGGCCUGAACUGCUGAUCCUCGAUGAACCCACUGUCGGUUUAGAUCCAGUUUUAAGGGACAAUAUUUGGAACCACUUGACGCAGAUCACAAAAGAAGAAGGUGUCACAGUGAUUAUCACUACGCAUUAUAUCGAGGAAGCAAAACAAUCUGAUAAGAUUGGAUUGCUCAGAAAUGGCCAGCUGUUGGCUGAAUCAUCACCGAAUGAAUUAUUGGAGCGAUUUCAAACCGACUCCCUGGAGGAAGCCUUCUUAACCUUGAGUCAACAACAAGCUGAGGAUUCACAAGGAAAUAAUCUGAUCCCUAAUCCUCCAGGGGAGAUUAAUCCGAUUUAUAAUUCGUACGAUGUCAGCAACGGGAAGACGAAGCAGAGGAUGCAUCAAAGUAACUGGAAGACGAGAAUUAGGGCUUUGCUUUAUAAGAAUGCGCUUCAGUUUUUGCGUCAUCCUGGGGGGUUCUUAUUCUCAAUCGUCUUACCAGUGUUGGAAAUGAUGCUGUUCUUUUAUACGGUUGGUCCAGACCCAAAAAAUCUCAUGAUAUACGUAGUGAACGAAGAGACUGGUGCCUGUAAUAGUCAGAAAUAUUUAGGCAAUAUUACAUACUACAACGAAGAGCAAACGUGCAAGUUCACCGAUCUCAGUUGUAGGUUCAUAGCCAACAUAGACGAUAAUAUUCUAGAGACGAAAUUUUAUGAUAAUUACGAAAAAGCGAAGGAGAAAUUGAAGCAUAAUCAUGACGCCGUUGGAAUAAUGUAUUUUCAGAGAAAUUUUUCACUUGGAAUGGAACAGAAGUUAGAAAAUAUGCUUACUAUAUCUGACGAUGUUAUUUCGGCUUCUAUAAUCGACGUCGAGUUACAUAUUCCAGAUAGAGAAAUUAUUUUAUUCGUAAAACAACACUUAUAUAAAAUGUUGAUGAAAGAGUUAGAGAAAAUUGUUCAGGAAUGUGGAAUUAGUAAAAAGUACGCAAAUAUUCCAAUAAAGUUUGAAGAUCCGAUUUAUGGUAAGAUGGAAAUGGAGUAUGGACAAUAUGUCACACCAGUAUUUUUGCUAACAAUGUUAUUCAUUUUGGCAACAUCUAUUUCUUCGAGUGCAAUCAUAGUCGAUCGUCAUUCUGGCAUAUGGGACAGGAUCUUAGUUCAAGGUGUUACCACCGCAGAGAUUCUGAUUACUCACUUGAUAACGCAAGCUAUAAUCAUUGUAUUUCAAGUAACACUUGCGUUAUAUAUUGGUUUCGAGCAGUAUGAUAUGUAUUGCGAAGGAUCAAAGAUCGGUGUCACCGCGAUGAUUAUGCUAGAAGGAAUUUGUGGAAUGGUAUACGGUCUCUUGAUAUCAGUGUCAUGUACUUCUCAUAGUUUGGCCAAUUAUGCAUCAACGGGAACUUUUUAUCCAUUGCUUGUUCUUUGUGGAUUGAUGUGGCCAAUCGAGGGUAUGCCGAAAUUUCUUCAAUGGCUUAGUUUAACGAUGCCUAUAACGGUACCGGGAAAGUCACUAAGGGAGAUUAUGCAAAAAGGGACUGACCUCGACGAGCCGGAGGUAUACUCAGGAUUUUUAGUGGUCACUGUGUGGAUUUUUGCCCUCGCAUUCAUUUGUCUGCUUCAAUUAAGAUACAAAUCUUGAUUUCGACAUAAAGGUUAAAAUUAAUGUGGAAAAAGACAUUAAAUUGGAAAAUAAACCACCUCGUACCGUUUAAAUAGUGAAAAAGGCAUCUUUCUUCGCAAGCUUUACAGGGUUAGUUCAUUCUAAAUUGAUCUAGUGUAGUUAGUUCGUAGCUGCGUACAUAUGUAUAUUAACGGGAUAUUGCGUUUUUAUAUAUAUUGUAAAAUUAUAAUAUGUUUUUUUAACUACUGAGAAAAUGGAGGACCACGUUAAAGACUCUCACCUACGUCAUUAAUGUACAUUUUGUUCAUAUCGUAAGUGUAGACGUGCGCAAACAAAGUUUCUUUAAGUAUUCUUAAAUUAUUAUAUUUUAUAUAAAAGACGCGUUAGUUAUUGAUUACUUAGUAAGUAAGCGGAAAAAUGUUAGGAAGAGGAUAUGCCUUUACCUCGUACUUUUACUCUUCGUUUAAACUUCUUGUAUCUACAGCUCUGGGAUUGUAUCGUAAUCGUCCAUACCAAUGCUUGAUCUAUAAAAAUGUAAUCAUGAAACAGAACAUGUUCUAUCAAUGUUAUAGUCGCGUAAUAUUGGAUAUCAGAGCAUUCAGGGAGAUAAUGAGAGAAAAUAAAUAUAACGAAGAUGAAAUGAUUAAUUAAUGUUUCGGCACCAAUGAGAUGUAA